AUGGCCCGGACAGAUACCGAUUCCUCCACCUGCACCCGUCACAACAUGAAUUCCCCGGCUUCAACGGCCAGGAGUUUCCCCAGUCAAAAUUCAAGACACAAACUGGGGCAGGACAUUUCCCUGAGCCAAGAGGAAACCCGACUAUUCAUCGAAAAGCCGCCAUCAGGCGGCGAGAAUGGAAAUGAUGAGCCCGACUAUGACGAGGCGUAUCAUCGUUGCGAUCUGCAUCGAUGGCAUAAUGUUCAUGCAUUCCGUCUCGCUGCGUCGGGCGCUAUAUAUCAUGAGAAGCGGCUCGAGCAUAACACCAAUCUCCACCUCCUCACCAGCUCAUGGAGGAGCCGCCCCAACCGCUGGUACAGCAAUGCGGCGUCGCUCUUCUUCCUGAUCCUGUCAUAUGGCUCUUCGUCUGCUCUGGUGCUGAUCCCAACCUGGAUAGCCACUGGGGAAUCAACCCCAUACAACGGAAUCUACCCGGGCUAUCAGUUUCUGAUCAAUGCAACAGCUCUGGUAGGCCUGGGCGUGGCACUCGCCGGCCAAGCUGCUAUCGCGGCAUAG